ACCGUAGAAGAAGAAUCCUUAAUGACAUUCGCUCAAGAUGGCGUCGCUCGCACACUUCAUGAAGUGCAAACCUGGGUUGUUAGACGGAGGUCAGCAGUUUAUUUUGACGUCUCUGAGGUUCGCGUCGAAGAAAUCUGGCGGUUCCACCAAAAACCUCGGCGGGAAGAGCCCUGGCAGGAGAUACGGCCUCAAAAAAUAUGAAGGUCACCUUGUUCAUGCUGGAAACAUCCUGGCAACACAAAGAGCUAUAAGGUAUCACCCAGGAGCUCAUGUUGGCAUGGGAACAAAUAAGACUAUUUACGCGCUUGAGGACGGUCACGUUUGUCUCACCAAGGAGAUCUACGUUCCCCCGCCCCGCAGUCCAGAGGCUAGACAAGUCAUCACCAAGCUGGCUGCGGGAUCGUUACUUUACAAAACCUUUGUCAACGUGCGUCCGCUCAAGCAGGAGCCAACGUUUAAACUGGUGGGACUCUUCUAAACACAAAAACCUGUGCUUUGUAUUCAUCACAUAAUAUUGACAAUGAAAUUGUAUUCAAA